AUGUUUUUUCGUACUUGUUGUCGUCUGAUGGUGCGGCCGACAGCCCUGCAGCGAUGCAAAAGCGUCAACAGUGUGACUUUAGUUGGUGUGGUACACGACAUCCAGAGCGGGUUUGUCUACGAGGACGCCGUCACCCAGUUCACUCUCACAACGACAAGUAUUGACACAACGCACCCGACGCAGGAAGUCGUGGUGGAGAAGGAUCAUCACACGAUCCGCUGCUUCGGGGAACUCUUUUCUGCGGAGGUGAAGCAGAAGGUUAAAGAAGGGAAUGUCGUCUGCGUCAAUGGGCGCCUGCGGCUCAGCCCGCAGCUUGAGCCGUCAUGCAAUAAACAUUUCUACUUUCCGUAUAUUCAGGUUCAGCCCCCGCAUGGUCAGGUGGCUGUUAUUCACGGUGAUAGGAGAAAUACGCCGGCUUCUGUGAAUCCGACAGCUGAAGAAAUCCCUGCGGAAAGCGAGAGUGGCACCACCAGCAAAACAUCUUAG